CAACGCUUACUUUGAAAAUAUCUAGAAACAGGAAGAAGUCUUGUUUACAUGGCAUAAUCUUUGCUAGGAUGUCCUGUUGGUUCCUGCCAACGCUACGUUAGCUGAGAGAAGUAAAAUGAUUUUUAGGGGUUUUGGUAGAUAAUUUGCUUUAUAAAAUUAAGUUGUAGCCUUUGUGCAGCAUAACUUGCCUAAGUUCCUGUGAGGCGAAUCACGUCACGGAGAGUGAAGUUGUGUAAAUGGCGUCGACAAAUGAUCCAUUCCAAUUCCAAGAAUUUGAAGAAGCUGGUAAUCUGCUGGAAGCCAACAGAGAUGCAGUCACCAUUAGCAUUGAAGAAGACAAUAUCAAACCUGACAAGCAGAGAAAAGCUGCUGGUUUCACUCCUGAUGGUGAUGACGAGGACCCACUUGCCAGUGAUGACAAGACAGAGCUUCUCUCUGGGCCAAAUAAAAGUGUCCCCUUCUGGACGUUUGAGUACUACCAAAGAUUUUUUGACAUCGAGACCCAUCACGUGAAGGAAAGAAUAAUUGGAUCAGUGCUGCCAUGGCCUGGAAAGAACUUCGUUCAUGUCCACCUUCGUAGAAAUCCUGAUCUUUAUGGACCCUUCUGGAUUUGCACCACUCUUGUGUUUGCCAUUGCCAUCAGUGGAAACAUAUCCAACUUUCUGGUGCACUUAGGCAAACCAAACUACAAGUAUACCCCAGAGUUUCGAAAAGUGACCAUAGCUGCAACAGCGAUCUUCAGCUAUGCUUGGUUUGUGCCUCUUGCACUCUGGGGUUUACUGCUAUGGAGAAACAACAAGAUCAUGAACUUAGUGUCAUACUCCUUUAUGGAGAUCGUCUGUGUAUAUGGAUAUUCCCUUGCGAUUUACAUACCAGCAGUGGUCCUGUGGAUUAUCCCAUAUGAAUGGCUGCGGUGGUGCUCCAUCGUGGUGGCUGUCUGCCUCUCUGGCUCAGUUCUGGUGAUGACUUUCUGGCCUGCAGUCAGGGAUGACCACCCCAAAGUUAUCAUAGCAAUAUUGUCGGCCAUUGCUGUGCUCAACAUUCUUCUUGCUGUUGGCUGUAAGGCCUAUUUCUUUAGCAAACCAGAGGCAGUACUACCAGCUGACAGUUCUGCUGCAACAGGGUUGACUAAGGCGCCGUCUUCGACAUGAAAGCCUUUCAUUGUCUAAAGGUUCUCCUGUUGCCUUAUUAGAGAGAAUCGGGUUGCUUUGGCAAUGAAGUAAUGGGUCGGCUGGAUUUCACCUGCACUCGGACAUUCUGGCUCAAGACCUUAAAACCCAGUGUAUAUACUUGGUUUAACUGCAUGACCUCUGAAAAUGAACACUGGUACCAAGUAUAUUAUUUCUAAUGCGAUGGGUACUAAAUGUCUUUAAAGUUAAAUGAGAUAUGGUGUUACACAGCACAUAAGAUUUCUUAUAGUAUGGUAGUUGUCUGCUUUAUAGUUCUUAUGUUGAAAUAUUUAGAUAACCAGUCUGUGUAGUAAUGUUUUUGGCAUCAAAGGCAUUUUGUAUAUGCAUUUUUUAUUUAGUUAAUGGGAAAUGGCUAGUAUACUUUGUGUAAAAAAUAUUCUGUAUAAACAGCAAAACAAUUAUAGGUGUAAGAUAUUCAAGGGUUGGACUUAUUAUGGACAAAUAGAGUUAUUGUAUUUUCCUCUAACUGAUAUAACCGUAAGUGCCAUCAAGUAAUGCCAAAGACCCAUUCUAAAUGUCCAAGGCACAUACAACUUGUGUAGCUAUUUUUUUUUUAUUAAUUGUUUUUUAUUGUGACAAAACGCAUUUGAUAAAAUUUAUGAAAUUUAAAUUGUCUGUUCUCCAUGUGA